AUGGCUAUUUCUAAAGUCCUUAUUAUUGCAUCACUUGUUCUGUGUUUGCUGGUUGUUAAUGGAGUUCAAGCCAUCCAAACAAAUAUUGAAGCGACUAGCAAAGUCUCGUACAAGCCCGGACCCACAAUAGAUUGUGGUGCUUCAUGUAAAGUAAGGUGUAGCUUAUCAUCAAGGCCAAAUUUGUGUAAGAGGGCUUGUGGGACCUGCUGCAGCCGGUGCAGCUGUGUGCCGCCGGGCACCUCCGGCAACUAUGAGACUUGCCCGUGUUAUGCUAAGUUGACUACACGUGGCAACAAGCGCAAGUGCCCUUGA